GUUCGAUCAAACACUGAUACCGACACCUCUGCCGCAACCCUGGGCCAGUACUAUCACGGUCGGACUGCAAGCUUCGAAAGAUAUCUGGGGCGCUGCUACCACAUAUGACGACAAGUGACGCGAAUGAAGAUUGACCCUGGCGUAUCUGUGUGUAUGUUGGAUUCCUCUAACUGGCACCUGUUGAAUUAGAGGGUCCCCUUUUUUUCUCCAAUGGAUGCGAUUUCGAACCACAGAAUGGACAUCCGAUCACCGGCUUAGGGGCGAUAAAACCACAAAAUGGCCUCAUCGCUUCAACACGCAUACGGCGCAUAUACGUGAUGCGUGCACCGGUAUCCGUGGCCGAGUGCCGUACAGACAGAUGACAGAGACGGCAUUCCGCUUUCGUCCGGACUACCUAGAAACAUAUCGGACGAAGGAACUGCCCUUCCCUGCAGUGUUCUACUAUAGUCCACUGAAGUUGAAAGCCAGACAAGCACAAUCAAGCCCUGCGUGCGUAAAAAAUAGAGAGGCAGUAAACACAAAAAUUGGACAAAGACCAAAACAUGAGCAUGGAGCCGGUAAAGGCGAGGCUUACUCUAAGGAAAUUCGCCUCGACACCACUUUAUCAAAAAAGACAUCUCAUCACUGGUGAGUGGGCGACCCAUAGAUGAGGUCAGCAAAGCGACGUCAACGAUGACAAAACGCGGAUGCCGGUUGUCGGAUGGGGAAACUGCACCAGCGCAGAUCAUUGCUUCCAUCCACUUUGACAUCAAACCUGUGCAGACAUUGAUUGA